UGGGUGCAACCACUAGCCUUGAGCCUGGAGGAAUCGAGCUUGUCUUGCAGAUAUCCUGAUGCUGUGCCAGACUGAUCUCGUACGAUGAUAUUUUAAUAGCAAAAAGACAUUCAACAUAAAACUGAAUUCGAAGCUCGUAUCUUAACAAGUCAAAAUAGUAGGCUUAGAGAAAACGAAGUUAGAUCAUCUAGUGACAGGGAAUGUAAGCUUCCCAUUGGUCACUUCUAUCACAGUGAAUGCUGAGUCAUCUUCGCAUCAACGACCACCCCGCUAUCCUCUCAUUAUUGGUAUAUCCUCAACCACAUUCGAAUCUAUUCAAAGCAUACCUGCACCAAAACAUAAGUCCAUUAAAGGAUUUAAUUCAGAUGUCAAACAAACACCACUUCCUCACCUCAAGUCAACGGCACCAAGCACUCCUGUCUCGUGAUCCUCUGGCGCAUUCUUCCUUCAUCUACUGCGUCAUUACGACCAAGAUAUACUGUCGACCCACUUGUCCCUCGCGACUUGCACGUCGUGCGAACAUCGUUUUUCAUGAGACUUGGAAAGAAGCAGAGGACGAUGGAUUUCGUGCUUGCAAGAGAUGUCGGCCUGAUAUCGAUAAGGAGAGACUGAGGAGCGGAGGGGGUGGCGGUACACACAGUAAUCGUGUGAAGAACUCUGCCGGCCAUGUGGAUAAGGUACUUGAAGUUGAUGAUUUGGGCGAGACUGGAAGGGGAAAGAGGAUCGUCGACAGAGUCAUGAAGUUAAUUGAGAACGAAGUCGAAAAUGGUGGCGAGAAAUGGACACUAAGGAAAAUGGCAAAGGAAGUUGGUCUAACGGAAAGUCAUUUCUGUAGAAUAUUUAAGAGGGAGGCAGGUGUGACUAUGGGAGAGUAUAGGAAAAAAGUUGUCGGGCAGCAGCAGCUAGAGUUUUCGCCUACCAACAAUACGAUGUCGGGAUGGAAUGCACCUCCAGAAACUGGAACAGUGGUACAUUGGAACAGCUCCUGGGACGAGAUCGGUGAUACCCAUAUUCCAGAUACUGACUCGUCAUUUCUCGGACGUGGCUCGGCCAUCGUAUUUGAUACUGACGUGGAUGGAAUGGAGUUUUUGAACCUUGAGUGCUGCGGAGAUUGAUAAACCAUCCAAAUCAACAUAUCUAAAAAUUAAUUCCACACCCUAUAUAGCAGUUUUAAUAGAGUUUCUCGAACUAAAGCCACACAAAUCAAAAUGCCCCAAAUACGAAUGCUAUUUCAAAGCAAGACUAUGAUUGGGAUACCAGGACUUUGUUUUCCACCAAAUAACCGAGGCCGCAAAAAUCACCCUGACAUGCGAACGCAGGUUGAUGCAAGUAUCAUACCUUAAAAAUAUUAUAGGGUUAUCCCAAUCGUCAGUCGUGAGCCAGAGCACUGUAGGAUUCAUUAGCUCGUCAUUUUUUCAUGAUAUACUUAUCUCGGCUAAGCACAC